UCGGCUCAUUUACAUACAGGGAACACGCGCAGCCACCUCUGUCUCUCUGAUCUGUCGGCCCAAAUGACCAAAUUUUGGGAAACAGAGGAGCUACCGUCUGAAACGGACUCCAUCAAAAAUGGGAGUGAGUUCGAGUCUCACCCUAUAAACCAACACUUUGUUGAAAACACUUACCGCCAAUCUGACGGCAGAUUCGUUGUGCGCUUGCCUUUAAAGGACUCGCCGGACUGCUUAGGCAACUCAUUUAACAUAGCUAAAAAGCGUUUAUUCAGUUUAGAGAAACGUUUUAGUAACCAACCUGAACUAAAAUCAAUGUAUGUUGAUUUCAUAAAUGAAUAUAGAGACUUAGGGCAUCUGUCGGAGUCUGAGCGAUGUUACAAAGCUAAUCACCUCCCGCAUCACCCCGUGAUGAAGGAGAGUGAAUCUACACGCAUGCGCACAGUCUUUCACGCUAGCUGUCCCACCUCUUCUGGGUAUUCAAUAAAUGAUAUUCAGCUUGUAGGCCCUAACAUACAAAGCCCACUGUUUGACAUAUUGCUUAGAUUCCGACAGUACAAGUAUGUGCUAUCUGGUGACAUAGAAAAACAGUACAGGCAAAUAAUGAUGAAUGAAAUAGAUAGAAACCUACAAGUUAUUCUAUGGCGCGAAGAUGAGCACUUACCCAUACGCUCACUAACUUUAAAUACCGUUACGUACGGCUUUGCUUCAUCGAGCUGGCUAGCAGCACGCUGUUUGUGGCAGUUAGGGGCUGAAAGCAAGGAUCCUUUAGUUAGGACUAUUAUACAAAAUGACUUUUACUGUGAUGACUUAUUAACAGGCGCAGACUCUGAAAUAGAGCUGCUUCGUAUACAAGCAGGUGUCUCACAGGCUUUAGCCUCUGGUUGUUUCAAUUUACGUAAAUACCGCUCGAAUUCUAACGCGCUAUUAAAGUCGGAUUAUAUUAAUAAAGAUGAUCACUUAGCAUUGAGUCAAGCUUGCCAAACACUUGGACUAGGGUGGCAGCCUAGCCAAGAUGUACUAAACUUUUCCAUUAAAAAUGAUCAUUCUGAUAAAAUAGUUACAAAAAGAAAAAUCUUAUCUGAAACGUUCCAAGUCUUUGAUCCAUUAGGACUCUUAAGUCUAUGCACAGUUAAAGCUAAAAUAUUAAGCCCCGUGGGCCUAAAUUAACUGGUGCACUUUCAGCACAGGAGCUUACAGACGCAUUUAACACUCCAAUUAAACUUGCACAGCAGGAGUCAUUCUCUGCAGAGCUUGAAACGCUUCGCAAAGGUCACAGGUUGAGUCCCAAGUCACACAUACUAACCCUGGCCCCGUUCAUCGACUCUCAAGGCCUCUUGAGAGUAGGCGGGAGGCUGGAUGCUUCAGAUUGUACUUACGAUCAGAAGCAUCCAAUGUUGUUACGUGCUAAACACACACUAACUAAACUCAUCUUUACACAUGAACAUGUACGUCUCUUACAUGCCGGGCCACAGUCAUUGCUAGCCUCAGUACGAGACGAGAUAUGGCCGAUCGGAGGCAGGAAUUUGGCACGAAGCACGGCCCACAAUUGUGUCACCUGUAAACGUAUCGCUGGCCAAACUUUAAAAAAUAUAAUGGGAAAUUUACCAGCGCAACGAAUUAAGGCUGAUUUUCCAUUCACGUCAACAGCUGUAGACAUGGCAGGGCCCUAUUUAAUAACAGAUCGCCGGGGGCGUGGAUGCAAAAUCACCAAAUGUUACUUGUGUCUGUUUAUAUGCUUAAGAUAUAAAUGUGUUCAUAUAGAAGCUGUGAGCGACUUAUCUAAAGAUGCAUUUGUGCUAGCUCUACGCAGGUUUAUCGCUAGGCGCGGCAGACCUGCGGAAUUGUUUUGCGAUAAUGGCAGAAACUUUGUAGCUGCAGCUAAAGAAAUUAAUGAUUUUUUUAAGUUAUAUAAAAGUGACUUGUCUGAAUUUGCAGCUGGUCAAGGAAUUAAAUUUAAAUUCGCACCAGCUUACGCGCCAAAUUUCAACGGAUACGUCGAGGCCGGUAUAAGGAGCGCCAAAUUUCAUCUUAAAAGAGUUUUGGGUAACACCCAUCUCACCUUUGAAGAAAUUGCAUCCCUUUUUAGCCAAGUGGAGGCAAUAUUAAACAGUAGGCCUCUCUGUCCACUCUCUCCCUCCCCUUAGACUUUACACCCCUUACUCCCGGGCACUUUCUCAUUUUUAGGCCGCUCACGUCGCUGCCGGGCCCGCCGCUCGACGACCGCAACCCGCACCGCCUGGACCGCUACCUGAGGCUGGAGCAGCUACGGCAACACUUCUGGAAGCGCUGGUCGGCCGAGUACGUGUCUCUACAGCAGCAACGCUACAAAUGGCGCGAGAGGCAACGUGACCUACAACUGGGAGAAGUAGUACUCAUCAAGGAGGAGGGCUUACCGCCGUUGCUCUGGCGCAUGGGCAGAGUCGUCAAACUAUACCACGGGAAGGAUGGCGUACCUCGCGUGGCAGACAUCAAUACCGCUAGAGGGGUGAUCAAGCGUGCGCUGAACAGAAUAUGCCCGCUCUCGUCACAACAAGAAUCCUGAAAGAGAGUCUUUCAGCGCCCCGGAGUAUGUUAACGCCCUGACUGGCAACACAGACAGGAUAGCCAACCUCCGGUCACCCCGCUGAUCCAAUGAGCAGCGGCCAGAGCCUCGAGCUGCCGGACCAAUAGGAAUGAAGACUGAAGCGCCGCGGUUUUCCCCCGUCGCGACACUAUAAAAGCACGGUGCGCGGCACCAGCGUCCCUUUUUUACUAAUCGAAAACUCUCUCUGUCGCGUGUCCUAGACAAAACCUGUAAUUUAAAAUCCAUUAAAAGAAAUGGUAAUAUUU